GCGGCUGCGGCGGCGGCGGCGGCGGCGGCGGUGGUGGUGGCGACGGCGGCCGUGACUGGGCUGGCAUCCCUGGCUGAGCAUGGUAGCAGCCUGUGGCCUGGGUUUCCUCAUCUGGUGUCAGACAUACCCUGAAGAGCUAGCAAGCUUGGGCACCCACGGCUCAGCUCAUGACAGCGUGAUCUGCCUGCUCCAGACUGGCCAUCUCAUGAGGGACACAAGCUGAGUGAUCUGAGAAAACACCAGAGACAGCCUUGCGCAGGUGACUAAAUGGUGGACUCUGUGACAAGUGGCGAGGCAUGAGCGGCCCAGAGGCCGCCUGUGACUUCUGAAGUAGAGGUCUGUGAGCCUACCACACCGGCUGCCCCAGCCCAUGGGGCCUCCAGAGCCUCCGGGAGCCACGUGACUGUCCAGACCCCACCAGGCCCAGCUAUGGCGGGCGCUGAGGGCUUCCAGUACAGGGCUGUGUACCCAUUCCGCCGGGAGCGGCCUGAGGACCUGGAGCUAUUGCCUGGAGACCUACUGGUGGUGAGCCGGGGGGCCCUGCAAGCCCUGGGCGUGGCGGAUGGAGGGGAGCGCUGCCCACACAACGUGGGCUGGAUGCCUGGCUUCAAUGAGCGUACCCGGCAGCGAGGGGACUUCCCUGGAACGUAUGUGGAGUUCCUAGGACCUGUCGCUCUGGCUCGACCAGGACCUCGCCCACGAGGCCCCCGUCCAUUGCCUGCCAGGCCCUUGGAUGGGCCCUCCGAGUCAGGUGUUGCACUGGCAGACCUGGCAGAGCAGUUCUCUCCACCUGAGCCUGCUCCACCCAUUCUGGUCAAGCUGAUAGAGGCCGUUGAGCAAGCAGGUGAGGUCCAGGCCGACUGUGGCCCCAGCAUUCCCAUCCAGGGCCAUCCCAGUCUCUGCACGGGAUGGGGUGGUGACCAGUGGGGCGAUGGCCUGGGUCUCAUGGGUCCCCUUCCCUCAGGGUUGGACAGUGAGUGCUACAGUAGACCAGAGCUGCCUGCACCUCGGACAGACUGGUCCUUGAGUGACGUGGAGCAGUGGAACCGCACCACCUUGUGUGAUGCCGUGAAGGGCUUCCUGCUGGCGUUGCCUACAGCUGUCGUGACUCCUGAGGCUGCGGCAGAGGCGCACCGGGCACUGCAGGAGGCUGCAGGGCCCGUGGGGCCGGUGCUGGAACCCCCAACACUACCGCUGCACCAGGCACUCACGCUGCGGUUCCUGCUGCAGCACCUGGGCCGUGUGGCCCGCAGAGCUCCCGCACAGGCCGCAGCCAUCCACUCUCUCGCUAGCGCCUUUGGGCCACUGUUACUGCGUACACCUCCACCAGGGAGUGACAUUGAUGGGAGUGAACUUGGGCCUGACUUCCCAGGGCUGCUGUUGGGGAGGCUGCUGCAGGAACACGUGGACGAGCAGGAUGCUGCCCCCCCAGCACUGCCACCCAAGCCCUCUAAGGCCAAGCCGGCCCCCACAGCCCUGGCCAAUGGAGGAAACCCACCGUCGCUUCAGGAUGCAGAGUGGUACUGGGGAGACAUCUCCAGGGAAGAGGUGAAUGAGAGGCUCCGGGACACACCUGAUGGCACCUUCUUGGUCCGGGAUGCAUCCAGCAAGAUCCAAGGAGAGUACACGCUCACCCUCAGGAAAGGCGGGAACAACAAGCUGAUCAAAGUCUUCCACCGGGAUGGUCACUACGGCUUCUCGGAGCCCCUCACCUUCUGCUCCGUGGUAGAGCUCAUCUCUCACUACCGCCAUGAGUCGCUGGCCCAGUAUAACGCCAAGCUGGACACGCGCCUGCUCUACCCUGUGUCCAAGUACCAGCAGGACCAGGUGGUGAAGGAGGACAGCGUGGAGGCCGUGGGCGCGCAGCUCAAAGUCUACCACCAGCAGUACCAGGACAAGAGUCGCGAGUACGACCAGCUGUACGAGGAAUACACACGAACUUCCCAGGAGCUUCAGAUGAAGCGCACAGCCAUAGAGGCCUUCAAUGAGACCAUCAAGAUCUUCGAAGAACAGGGCCAGACGCAGGAAAAGUGCAGCAAGGAGUAUUUGGAGCGCUUCCGGCGAGAGGGCAAUGAGAAGGAGAUGCAGAGGAUCUUGCUGAACUCAGAGCGACUCAAGUCUCGCAUUGCGGAGAUCCAUGAGAGUCGCACGAAGCUGGAACAGGACCUGCGAGCGCAGGCCUCGGACAACCGAGAGAUCGACAAGCGCAUGAACAGCCUCAAACCCGAUCUCAUGCAGCUACGCAAGAUCCGGGACCAGUACCUUGUGUGGCUCACCCAGAAAGGUGCCCGACAGAGGAAGAUCAACGAGUGGCUGGGAAUCAAGAACGAGACUGAGGACCAGUAUUCACUGAUGGAGGAUGAGGAUACCCUCCCCCACCACGAGGAGCGCACGUGGUACGUGGGCAAGAUCAACCGCACACAGGCAGAGGAGAUGCUGAGUGGCAAAAGGGACGGGACCUUCCUCAUCCGGGAGAGUAGCCAGCGCGGCUGUUACGCAUGCUCCGUGGUGGUGGACGGCGAUACCAAGCACUGCGUCAUCUACCGCACAGCCACAGGCUUCGGCUUUGCGGAACCCUACAACCUGUAUGCAUCCCUGAAGGAGCUGGUGCUGCACUACCAGCACGCGUCACUUGUGCAGCACAACGACGCACUCACCGUCACCCUUGCGCACCCGGUGCGCGCGCCCGGGCCUGGCCCGCCCACGGCCCGCUGAGAAACCCCCACUCUACUCGCCUGCCCUGUCUUCGCCCUGACCCUCUCAGCCACACUGCCGUGUUUACAGAGGCUGCGGGGCCUCCACCUGGGUGCCCCGAGAUUUUCAAGCCAUAUCCCCGGGGCCAGGGCAGGAAGGAACUGCGCUGGGCUGUUUCCAGGAAUUUAGCCUGGACACUCGGGGCCGGGCGGGACCCGCCCCGCAGACCCCAACUUCCCCUCUAAAGGUCGAAGUGAAACCAGCGGCAGGGGAUUACCCCACAGCUGCAAAGUUCCCCUUCCAGAAGGCAGAAUUAGAACUGAACUGCCCGGCCCUGCCCAGGCCCCCUGCGCUGUUCUCCAACUGUGCAGUCUCCUCCUCUUUGAGACAAGGACCCUGGGGGUCACUGCCCUUGGACCCCAUACCUGCCCAGGGCUGACGGGGAACGGGUUUUGUACGGUACGUUUAUUGAUACGAAUAUGAAACAUUGUACCUGUCGGC